AUGAUUGCGUCGAUGGCGAGGUGCGAGGUGUUCCUCGAAUUGGACCCGCCCCUGUCCAACAGCACCCCUUGCAGCGCGCUGAACAGCAAGGUCCGGUCCAUCCUCUUCGAGUGGAUCUCACAGGUGCACGCCGGGAUGCAGAUGCCCUUUGCGGCAGACGGGCUGGCGGACCCUCAGGACAUGCUGUUCCGCACCUACCGGCACGUGGACGCCCACAUCGCGCGGCACCCCGUGCAGCGGGCCGAGCUCCAGCUGGUGGGCGUGGCCUGCACGCUGCUGGCCAUUGGCCGGGACAGCGAGCGCCACGUGGAGGACGACCUGGAGCUCUCCUCCUGGCUCGCCUUCGUCACCGACGGCUCGUGCACGGUGCAGCAGGUCCGGGAGGCUCUGAGCGAGGUGCGCAAGGCGCUGGGCUCCCGCCUCCACCAGCCCACCAUCUAUCCACCUGCCUGCGGCACAUCCCGCCACCGUCCUCGCGUGAGGAGAGCUUCAGCCUGGCCAACUACUUGA